CCCGCCCCGCCUGCCCCGGGACUGGCGGGGCCCGGGAGCCCGGUGCCCAAGGCGCCCCGGGGUGCAGUUCCCGUUAACCUUAGCCACAAAGUCAAGACAGCAGGACUGACAGCUGCAGGGCGGAUGCUGCGGGUGGUCCCCCCGCCAUGGACAGUGGCCUGCAUGGCGCCAACACAGGAGCUGGACCGACGAUGAGGAUCAAGCAGGAGAAGGCCGAGUGGCCGCUGCCCCCGCCGGCCGAGAGGGAUAAGGAGAACAUCUGCCGGCAGCCUCGGGGCCGGGGCCGCCCGCCGUGCCCGGGCCUGGUGGGCAAGCCCCGCGCGCUGGGGGCGCAGGAGGAGGCCGGGGCGCCGCGGUGGAGCCCGCGGGCCGAGCCGGCGGCGGGGGCGGCCCUGGCGGCGGGCGAGGGCCACUUCGCGUGCCUGGACUGCGGGAAGCGCUUCAGCUGGUGGUCGUCGCUCAAGAUCCACCGGCGCACGCACACGGGCGAGAAGCCGUACCGCUGUGCCAAGUGCGGCCGCGGCUUCAGCCAGAAGCCCAACCUGGCGCGCCACCAGCGCCACCACACGGGCGAGCGGCCGUUCCGCUGCCCCGAGUGCGCGCGGCGCUUCAGCCAGAAGCAGCACCUGCUCAAGCACCAGAAGACGCACGCGCGACCCGCCACGCUCGCGUGUCCCGAGUGCCAGCGCAGCUUCCGCCACCAGCUGGGCCUGCGCGUGCACCUGCGCGCCCACGCGCGCGCGCCGCCCGCGCCCGCGCCCGCGCCGCCGCGGGGCUGCCGCCUGCGGGGUCGCGCCGCCUGGGCCUGGCUGGGGCUGGGCCCGGGCUGGUGGCGGCCCCCGGGGGCGCGGCCCGACGACCCCGCGCGCGGGGCGCCCGGCGAGCCGCGCCAGUUCAUCUGCAACGAGUGCGGCAAGAGCUUCACCUGGUGGUCCUCGCUCAACAUCCACCAGCGCAUCCACACGGGCGAGCGGCCCUACGCGUGCCCCGAGUGCGGCCGCCGCUUCAGCCAGAAGCCCAACCUCACGCGGCACCUGCGCAACCACACGGGCGAGCGGCCGCACCCCUGCGCCCACUGCGGGCGCCGGUUCCGCCAGAAGCAGCAUCUGCUCAAGCACCAGCGCACGCACCAGCCGGCCGCGCAGGCCGCGCACUGCGCCAGCUGCGGCCAGAGCUGCCCCAGCCGCGCGGCGCUGCGGGCCCACCUGCGCGCCCACCACAACGCCGCCUCCGCCGCCGCCGCCGCCCCGGACCCCGCGGCCGCGCCCGCCUCGCCACACGACGGCCCCCCGCGCGCCCGGAACCCCGGGGACGCGCUGUGGGGCCGCGCGCGCGGGGCGCCCGGCGAGCCGCGCCAGUUCAUCUGCAACGAGUGCGGCAAGAGCUUCUCGUGGUGGUCGGCGCUCACCAUCCACCAGCGCAUCCACACGGGCGAGCGGCCCUACCCGUGCCCCGAGUGCGGCCGCCGCUUCAGCCAGAAGCCCAACCUCACGCGGCACCGGCGCAACCACACGGGCGAGCGGCCCUACCAGUGCGCGCUUUGCGGCCGCGGCUUCAGCCAGAAGCAGCACCUGCUCAAGCACCAGCGCACGCACCGGGGGCUGCCCGCGCCCGCCGCCAAGGACCCUGCGCUCUAGCCCGCGCCGCGGGUGCGCCUGGGCCACGAUCCUGCACAGUGGCGGACCCGGGUGCCCCUGGAGGUGCCAGCAGAAGGCGUUUCCCUGAGGCCAAAGGACCCAAGGACGGAAUCCAGACGUUUCCCCACCGGGCACGGCAGGAGGGCCCGGGAGUGCCGAGGCUGAUCCCCUGUCCUAGCUGUGUGAUUUGGUCCAGCUGCACCCUUGGGCGGGACCACCGGCUGCUGGUCCAUCACUCUCGCGCAGGGAGAGUCCCCCUGGCUCCUUGGUGCUACAGGCCGGAAGCCAGCAGGGACCGGGCAGUGUCAGGCUUGUGGCGGUCAAGCAUAAACAGGAAGGAAGGAAGGUUCUUUGGUCUCACCUCUCCGGACCCCACUGUCUAGGUGCUGCUCUGGGGGGCCUGUGACGUUGGGGGCCGAGUACGGGUGCUCCCAGACUGCCGUAGGGCCCUGGCAGGGGGGUCCCAUCCCUGGGG